AUGGCCGUGACGACGUUCUCCGAUGACGCGGACGAUCUCUCGGAUUCGCCUUCUUCCUGGCGAUACUUCGCCGCCUGCGGUGCGGUGCUCGUUGCGGCAGCCGCGCAGCGUCGAUGUCGAGGGGCUGGUCGCAAGUCGGACGUGGCGCUGGCAGAAAGGCUUCCGAUUGGUUUUGCCGCCCUGCUCUCCAUGGCUACUGUAGCCUUGGCCACUGCCAACCGAGUCAUGUACAAGGUGGCCCUCGUGCCGCUUGGAAACUACGUUUUCUUCCUGGCACAGUUCACCACCUUCGGUUACGUCCUCGCCUACUGGAUGGCUUUGAUCUUCAACAGGGCCCAGGGUAAUGUCACGGACCAACAGGUGACUUUUGCGAGGCAGCGCUGGCUGACGUUUGCGCGAAUAGGCGCCUUGGAAGCUGGAUCGUUCCUGCUGGGAAUGCUGGGGGCCAAGGCGCUGCCAGGGUCGAUUCUGCCUGUACUGGGCCAGCUGUACUUGGUGUUUCAGAUGACUUUCUCUUCCACGCUACUUGGGCGUACAUACAGCUGGCGGGAGCUCGCAGGAUGUGCUUUCUGCGUGCUGGGCGUCAUCCUCGCCUCUGCAGGUGGGCUCCUCUUCAGCGGCUCCGUCGGCUCCGCCGGGAGCUUCCAGGUGCCCUGGCGCCCGUCGCUGCUCUUCGUCCUGUCCCUGGCCUUGCCCGCGCUCGGCUCCGUGCUGAAGGAGGGACUCUUCAAGGAUGCUCGGGGCAUCUGUGGCGAAGAGCUCAACGUCUUCGUCGUGAACACGCUGGGAUCCUCCUUCCAAGCAGUUGGGGUGUUCCUUCUGCUCCCAGUGCUGGCCUCGCUGCAGGGCCUGGGCGCCACGCCCAGUGCCAUGGCCGAGUACCUCAAUGCGGGUGCAAACGCUUUCGGGUCGCAACCCUUCUGGCCGUGCUUAUACCUUUGCCUGAACUUGGGCUUCAAUGUGACCUUGCUGAUCUUGCUCCGAACGACCUCGGCGGUCACAGUUUCGCUUUCGGUUGCGGCUGCAGUGCCCGCUACCGCGCUGGUUUUCGCUACCUGUGACAUUCCUCUCCUUGGAAAGGGUGAGCCUCUCGACAGGUGGUUUACCGCGGGCCUUGCCCUGAUUCUGCUCGGGCUUGGGCUGUACCACGGAUGGCUUCAGAAGCUUUAUCCAGCCAGCAGUGCAGCGGGCCUUCGAAGCUCUUUACUGCCGGGCAAGUGA